GAAAUUUGUGUUUUACCCCCGAUGGAAAUUCAUUACUGAGCCCUGUUGGAAAUCGUUUAUCAUUAUUUGAUCUUGUAAAUAAAGAUGGUGCGCUUUUUAUUUGGAAAUUCGCUUCUUCUCAAACGCCAACAGAAGACAAUGAUCAAUAUGAAGAAAUGGAUAUUGAUAAUGCAGAAUCAGAAUUAACGAAAUCGAAAAAAUGGAUUAUAUCGUCUCGUCAUUAUUUCAAUCAAUCUGGGGCUAAACUGGGUCAACUUUUGGUUUGGGAAUGGCAAUCCGAAUCUUACGUUCUUAAACAACAAGGGCAUUAUUAUGAUAUGAAUACGUUAUCAUAUUCUUCAGAUGGUCAAAAUAUUGCAACCGGAGGUGAUGAUGGUAAAGUCAAAGUGUGGAAUACCAUGUCAGGAUUUUGUUUCGUUACAUUUUCCGAACAUACUUCCGGUGUUAGUGUGGUAGAAUUUGCAAAAAAUGGUCAUGUUUUAUUUUCGGCUUCUUUGGAUGGAACUGUUCGCGCAUUUGAUUUAAUUCGUUAUAGAAAUUUUAGAACUUUUACAUCUCCAUCACCAGUUCAAUUUACCGCGUUAGCUGUUGAUCCAAGCGGUGAAAUUGUUUGUGCUGGUUCAAUGGAUACUUUCGAAGUUUUUGUAUGGUCUGUGCAAACUGGUAAAUUAUUAGAUAUUAUGGCUGGCCACGAAGGUCCUAUAAGUGGUUUGGCCUUUAAUCCUACAGGUUUAUUGUUGGCUUCAAGUUCAUGGGAUGCUACGGUUC